CCAGCUCGUGCCGAAUGUUGCUCUGCAUCAAACGUGGAUGCCAGAAGGUUUUUGUUGUCUUAGCAUGCUGAGCUAACAAGAGUUAGCACGCAUCAAUGCUCACGAUUGGACACAGAACAGCUCGUCAUGACAAUGACUGUUUGUUUUCUAUGAAUUUAUUUCACAUGAAAAGGGGAGACGUGACGUGUUCGCCGCGCUGACAUUGGGCCUCGACUUGCCGACGGAUAACGUUCCGGAGCCUUUGAAGCUUCUCGCGUUCCACCAGCAGAUGGAGGAAUGCUCCCGGUCUGCCGCGGUCACCGGCGCCGCCGCCCACCGACGAGCCCCCCGUCCCCCGGAUCCUCCUCCGAUGAGAGGAGUUCCCGCGCGGACCUUCCCAGAGGGGGAACACGCACGCGUUGAGGCCGGAGAGAGCGGGCUGGGAUGAGUUUGGCUGCGGGGCUGCUCUUUGUCCAUUUUCAUCCCUCCCAUCAAAGUUUUGGUCUGUGAGAGAAAAGAGAGCGACACACAUCGACAGAUCCAUCUUUUUGGGUGAAGCGUCGACGCGACGAGGCGGCGAUUGAAGCCGUCGUGCGGAAAUGGACGCCCGUCUCGCCGUGUGGUUUCAUCUCCUGGCCCGCUUCCUGCCGCCGGCCGGCGCCUCCAUGGACUCCUGCUACGACGAGGAGACGGCCGCCCCCGGCCGCUGCCUGCCCAAGUUUGAAAACGUGGCCUUCAAUCGGAGCGUGCUGGCGUCCAACCAGUGCGGCUCGGCGCCCGAGGAGUUCUGCAUGCAGAUGGGCUCGGCGGCGCGCUCGUGCCACCUCUGCGACGCUUCGGUGCCGGGCUUUGGCCACGGCGCCGCCCUGCUGACCGACUUCCACAGGAACGAAGAGCCCACCUGGUGGCAGAGCCAGUCCAUGUACUUUGGCAUCCAGCACCCCAAUUCCGUCAACCUGACGCUGCGUCUGGGGAAGGCCUUCGAGAUCACCUACGUGCGACUGAAAUUCUACGCCAGUCGGCCGGAGAGCUUCGCCAUCUACAGGCGCAGCGAGGCGGACGGCCCCUGGCUGCCCUAUCAGUUCUACAGCGCCUCCUGCGGGGAGACCUACGGCAAGGCCGUCAACGGUUUCUUGCGCCUGGGGGAUGACGAGAGGACGGCGUUGUGCACCAACGAGUUCAGCGACAUCGCGCCGCUCACCGGGGGGGACGUGGCCUUCUCCACCCUGGAGGGACGGCCCAGCGCCUACAACUUUGACCGCAGUCUCGUCUUACAGGAAUGGGUGACGGCGACCGACCUGCUGGUCUCGCUGGACAGGCUCAACACCUUCGGCGACGAGGUCUUCAAGGACGCCAAAGUCCUGCGCUCGUACUUCUACGCCAUCUCAGAUUUCUCCGUGGGCGGCAGAUGCAAGUGCAACGGCCACGCCAGCGAGUGCGUGUGGGCGGCGCGUGGUCAAGAUGGCGGACACGGGCGCCUGAUCUGCGCCUGCCAGCAUCACACGGCCGGAGACGACUGCCAGAGAUGUCAGCCCUUCUACCAGGAGAGACCCUGGGCCAGGGCCACCGGGGAAUCGGCGAAUGAAUGUCUGCGGUGCAACUGCAGCGGCCGCUCGGACCGCUGCGCGUUUGACCUGGAGCAGUACCGCAGCACGGGCAGCGGGGGGCGCUGUCUGGAUUGUCGGGACAACACGGAUGGCGCGCACUGCGAGCGCUGCCGGGAGAACCACUACAGGGGCUCGCCCGACCAGCCCUGCCUGCCCUGCAACUGCGACGGCAAUGGUGAGUUGAACGCGUGCAGCGGCCGAGGCGUGACGGGGGACAAGUGUGACACAUGUCGCCCGGGAUUCCACUCGCUCGGCCCGGGCGGCUGCAGACCGUGCGAGUGCACCCCCGGUGGCAGCGUGGGCGACUGCUCGCCGCUGGACGGCGCCUGUCGCUGCAAGGCCAACGCCGAGGGGGGAGGCUGCGGCAGGUGCAAGCCAGGCUUCUUCAACCUGCAAGAAAGCAACCCGGCGGGCUGCCAGCCGUGUUUCUGCUUCGGUCACUCGCUGGCGUGCUCCUCGUCCGCUCGCUUUCUGGCCGUCAACAUCACUUCGGAUUUCAUGGAAGAUCAGGACGGCUGGCUGGGCGAGUUCUCCGGCGGUCGGCUUGACGCCCUGCUGUGGAAGGAGGGCGAAAUCUAUUUGCUGCCCCUCUCCGAGGAGGACCCCGGCUUCUUCAGAGCCCCGGACAAAUUUGUGGGGGACCUGAGCCGCAGCUACCUGCAGCUCCUCUCCAUCACCUUCACCUCCGAGUCGGCGCAACUGCUUCCCGAGCGCAUCGCCGUGCUCCUCGACGGCUCCGGAAUCACACUCGCGACCGAACUCCUGGCCGGCCCCGCGCGACGCGCCGACCCCGGCCUCUCGCCGCGCAAAACCUUUGUCCUCAGGCUUGAUGAGAGCCAGAUGACACCGAAGCUGUCGGCCUUGGAGUUUCGCCGGCUCCUGUACAACGUGACGGCGCUGCGCAUCAGCAACGCCGGAGGACUCAACUACACAUCGCAGCUGGCGGGCGUCCAUCUGGUCUCUGCAUCCCCCGCCGCCGGCGGGACGGCGCCCCCCGCCUCCUGGGUGGAAAGCUGCACCUGUCCCAGCGGCUACGUCGGCCACCUCUGCGAGCGAUGCGCGGCCGGAUUCACCCGGGAGGUCCCGAACGGCGGCCCCUUUUCCACGUGUGUCCCGUGCGACUGCCAUCAGCAUGGAACUUGCCACCCGGAGACUGGUGAGUGCGAGUGCUCAGAUUUCACCGGCGGGCCGACCUGCGAGCGCUGCCUGGACGGUUACUACGGCAACGCUUUGGCGGGCACAGCGGGCGACUGCCGACCCUGCCCCUGCCCCGGCGGAAGCGGCUGCGUGCGGCUGGCGGAGACCGAUCGGGUGGUCUGCACCGACUGCCCCGCCGGACAAACGGGUGCCCGCUGCCAGAUGUGCGACGACGGUUACUACGGCGACCCGCUGGGGCGCUCGGGGGCGGCGCGGCCCUGCGCCCGAUGCGACUGCAGCGGCAACGUGGACCCCAACGCGGUGGGCGUGUGCGACCAGCUGACCGGCCGUUGCCUCAAGUGCACGGGGAACACCGAAGGCGACCGCUGCCAGAGCUGCCGCCGCGGUUACUACGGCGACGCGCGCAGCGAUGCUCCCGGACCCAAGUGCAAGCCGUGCGGCUGCGACCCCGCCGGCACCUCGGGCCGCGCUCUGGAGUGUCACCCCGAGACAGGAAGUUGCGAGUGCCUGGACCAUGUUACCGGGCGAGACUGCAGCCUCUGCGAGGAAGGCUUCUUUAACCUGCGGCGCGGCGUCGGGUGCGAGGGGUGCGCGUGCCAUCCCGUGGGCUCCUCGUCCGCCGCCUGCCACCCGAUCACGGGACGGUGCUCGUGCAGGGCCGGCGUGGAGGGCCGCUUGUGUGACGCCUGUCGGACGGGCUUCUUUGGAUUCUCGUCGCGCGGAUGCAGAGCCUGCGACUGCGACCCGAUGGGAGCCGUCUCGAUGCAGUGCCGCGGCGACGGCACGUGCCGGUGUCGGCCCGGCUUCGCCGGCUCCCGCUGCGACAAGUGCCGGUCCAACCACUUCUACCGGCGAGGCACGCACCAGUGCGAAGAGUGUCCCGCCUGCUACGGAUUGGUGCGGCAACAGGCGGAGCAGCUGAGGGCGCGCCUGCAGGACGCCGAAAAGCUCCUGGCCGGCUCGGAUUGCCGAGGCGGAUGGGCCAAGCGCCGCCCCCCGCCGGGCGACCCGACCGUCGGCGUUCACGACAACCAGCGCGACCCGCGAGCGCUGCCCAACGCGCUGGAGGAAUUUUUGGCCUUCCAAGAGGCUCAGCGGGCCUUCGCCGGACAAUUCUCCUCGCUGGAGGCGUCCACGGGCGCCCUGGCGGCGCGGCUGCGCGACCUGGCGGCCGCUCUCAACUGCAGCGUCGGCACCAAAGAAGAAGAAGAGGGGCCGGGGGCCCCGUGUCGGACCCUCGCCCGCAUCGCGCCGGUCGUCGGCGAGUCCCAGACGCAACUGCGGCAGGCCACGAAAGACCUGGAGAUGGCGAUGGUCCCUUUUGAGGCUGAUUCCGGACCAAAGCAAUGGAAGAUGACGCUCAACGAGUCUCAAGCCUUAAAGAAAAGCCAUGGCGACGCCGCCGAGCGCGCGGAGGUCGCGGCCGGCAGGGCGCUCGCCACUUCAAAGCACGCCUUCAGCUUACUGAUGGCGCUCCUGCGGGACGACUCCACCGACGAGUACAUCAAGGACCUGACGCAACGGAUGACCGAGAUGCGCCAGCGGAGACAACAUCUGACCGCCCGGGCGAGCGAAAGCCAUGCCGAUGACGAGGCCCGGCGCAAGGACACCGUCGGGCUGCGGCUGGCCCUCCGGAACGUCACGUCGCAGCUGGCUCGCGCCAACGCCGGCCAAGCGCUCGCCCGGCGGGGCGCCUCGCUGUUGAAAAGCUCUCAAGAACUGGACCGCGGCCUCCGGUCCAAAGACGACCUGGUCGGCCGCAUCGCCGACGACGCCCGAUCCCUGGCCGGGGCCGUCAUCGGCAAGCGGGAAAUGCUGAAGCGCGCGGCGGAGCUGCAAGCUCGCGCCAGCUGGGUCAACGUGGUCGCCUUGGCCUCCGUGGUGGAGGGGAAAGCGGCCGAGUCGCAAGAAAUCGGCCUGCGCCGGGAUCUUGAAAACAUGGUGCGCGAGUGGCCGCGUCUGCAGGCCCACACCAGAGCUGCCAUGAAGAAAAAGAAGCCCCUGGAGGUGAAAGUUCUGGCCGGCGUCACCAAUCUGGUUUCGGAGAUCCAAGAGAUACUUGGGCCGGCGCAAGAAAACUCCCGCCUGGCCAGAAACCUCUCGCUGGAAGCCGAGCGCACCGCCCACGCCGCGUCUGAGGAAUCGAAAGGCGCCCUGACGCAGGCGAAGCACACGAGGACCGCCUUGGCUCACCUCAGCUCGCACGUGGAGUCCGUCUCGCAACGUCUGGACGCGCAGACGUUGCGAGCUGACGGCGCAAAGUUCCACGUGCCCUCCGAGAUGGCGCCCCCUCUGGCCGACGUGAAGAAGGACGUGGAGGCGGCCAAGCUGCGGUUGGAGGCCUACUCGCAGACUCUCACCGAGCUCAUCGGCAAAAUCGACGCCGACGUGCCUCUGGAGCGUUUCGGGCGCGUCCUGAACGAGACGGCGCGGCGCCUGAGCGCGCUGCGCGGCAGCGUGGAAGCUCCCCAACUGCACGCCAAGAUCGGAGCCCUGCGUUCGGCGGCCCGGGGCCAACGUAGCCGUCUGGCGCUCCUGGAAGAGGACGUGCGGGAAAUGUUGCGCGAGAGAGACAGCCUCAGGGACAUCGCCCUACACUUGCCGCCGUCCUGUGCCGAGGCCGGCGCAAAGGGGCGGGCCUAAUCACUGGAACGUCUUCAGCCAGCAAAAAAAAAAAAAA